AUGAGCGUCAAGCUAAGCCAAAGAUCUUCAUCUGGAUCCCUUAGAGGAUUAGGGAGUGGAAGCUGUGGUGUUGGUCGUAUUUCUAAUGUACGCACAGGUGGAUCUUAUAGGGCCUCCAGUGUUCAUGGUGGUCAUGGAAGCAGAGUCAUGGGCUCCUCUUAUGGAGUUGGCGGUCUUGGAUGUGCAUCUGGUGGAAGCAUUAGCUUAGGUCUAGGGGGUGCUGGAGGCUAUGGCUCUGGGUUUGGAUAUGGCAGUGGAAGUGCUGGAGGCCUUGGAUCUGGCUUUGGCUUUGGUGGAGGAUCAUUUGCUUCUGGUGGUGAAAGCAUUAUUAACAUCAAUGAGAAGGAAACUAUGCAAGUUCUCAAUGAUAGAUUAGCUUCCUAUUUGCACAAAGUCCGCUCUCUAGAGGAUGAAAAUUCUCAGCUGGAAAAGAAAAUCCGAGAGUGGUAUGAAAAGCAAGUUCCAUACACAUCUCCUGAUUUCAAUCCCUAUUUUAGGACUAUUGAGGAACUCCAACACAAGAUCUUGCAAGCAAAUGCUACAAAUGCCUCUAUUUUACUCCAAAUUGAUAACGCUCGUCUGGCAGCUGAUGACUUCCGAACCAAAUUUGAAAACGAGGCCGCUCUCCGCAUGGGAGUAGAAGCUGACAUCAGUGGACUCCGACGCGUGCAUGAUGAACUUCAACUGAGCAAGAGAGACCUGGAAAUGCAACACCAGAACCUGAAUGAUGAGUUGAAUUUCCUGAAGAAGAACCAUGAAGAGGAGGUGCUUAGCCUGCGUUCUCAGUUGGGUGCCAAGAUCAAUGUUGAAGUAGAUGCUGCGCCAGCUGUGGACCUGAAUAGAGUGUUAACUGAUCUGAGGUCUCAGUAUGAAAAUAUGAUGGAACAAAAUCAAAAGGAAGCAGAGAAGUUGUUCCAUGAUAAGAGUGAUGAACUGAACCAGCAGAUGACAAGCAGCUCCCAGCAAAUACAGACCUUUAAUACAGAAGUCCUUCAGCUCCAGCAUACAUUCCAAAAUCUGGAGAUAGACCUUCAGACCCAAAACAGUAUGAAAACUGCAUUGGAGAACACUUUGGCUGAUACAGAAGCCCGUUACUGUGCCCAACUCUCUCAACUGCAAGAAAUGAUUAAUGAUGUAGAGGUGAAACUAGCAGAGCUCAGAUGCGAUUUGGAAAGACAGAACUUUGAGUACAAAACUCUCAUGGAUGUAAAGACCCACCUGGAAAGGGAGAUAGCCACAUAUAGGCAACUUAUGGACGGAGAGGACAUUCAACGGGAAACCAUUCGGCUGAGGCGAUCCUUGCAACAAACUAUUCUAUCAGUCCUCCAAAUUCCCCUAUUACCACCAACUGUCUAG